UCAAUUGAUGCAAAAAGAGAAGGAGAGCUGCAGGGUAGUGAUCCUAGUUUAUGCGUCCCACUUUUUGAACUCCAAACCGGCAAACUAUAAUUGAGUUCUUUUUAGUGUUCUUUUUAGUUUAGUUCAAUUUAAUUGUUGUUCACCAUGAUUAGUGACAGUGAAUUGUUACGAAAAGAACCCAAAGUGGGAGUCGAUCUGUUUGCCUGGAGAGAUGUCAAUGAUGACGUCCAAAUGCAUGUCAUGAUGGAGGAGGAUGUUACAAAGAAUCUUACCCAAAUUUACUUUUCUCUUCUGACUGACCAACACGGGGACAUGAGGGACAUGACCGUAAAUUUAGGACCUGCGCAGGUGUGUCUUAUAGUCAAAACGGAAUCGAUAAUCAGUCAUUUUAAUAGCGACGCUUUGGAUCUCGACGGUUGUAAAGUAAAAGAGCUCGAAGAACAAUAUGGAUGGAAAGUCAACCCAACUUUGACCUAUUCUUUUCACAUCUACUCAGACGAUGCGUGGGUCGCUGACCAACUCAGAUACCGGAUUCGGAGGAAGUUUGGAGUGGUUUGUGCCAAGGCCCCAUACACCGCAGAAGUAGUGUUGGCCAAACAUGCGGAGAAGAUUGAUGAUCAUUUACAAUUUCUCCAUCGUCUUCCUCAAAUUAGAGAGGAUUACUUCAACAACCCUCCUCCUCCUCCUCCAGAUAAACUAAAAAACCCUCGGCCACUCCCACCAUUACAAGGGAGACGUAGUUGUGAGUUAUGUGGUGUAGUUUUAGCAGGGAUCGUGAAUGAGCACUUCAACCAUAUGAAAAACUGUCACUACUCUGGACCAAAUGCAUUACCUUGUGAUCUUUGCCCCUGUACCUUUGCAACACCACCAAGUCGACUAUCUCAUCGAGCCAAGUACCACCCAGGAACAGAACCUCAAAAGAGGAAUACAUUCGGGAUCCCGGAUAUUAAUGAGGACGACGCAGGUAAAUGCGAUGCCCUUAUGAAGCUUAUCCCACUGGAAGAAGGGUCAAAAAAAACCAAAUACAGCUGCAUUUGGGGACAAGAGAGUGGACAAACGUGUGGAAACGUGAACAACGGGUUGAUUUCUUCUCGUGAACACGCCUGUACACAUUUGGGACUAAAACCGCACACCUGCCCUGCACCAGAAUGCAAUUUUUCCUCUUCAUUUUACAAGAGCACUGUCCGACAUUACAAAGAUCGACAUCAAAGAGAAGAAGAACCAGAGGGCAAGGGCUCUAAGGAACAUGAUGCGAAUGAAGAUGAUGAUGAUGAUGCAGGUGAUGAACCCCCAGAGAAAAAGACAAAAUCUUCAGCUCAACCACGAAAAUUGGACUAACAACAAAUAGACUCCUUGAUUACUUUUAAAUACAUACAGUUCAUCAUAAUAUUUUUAUUAAUUCAAAGCCUGGAAACAUAUUUCAGUUUACAUCAGUUUUCCAUCCCAUCAAUAUUUUUUGAAUUCCAUGCCAUCGGGGGGACUAAUUUCAACUCGUUUCUUCCCAACCUCUUCCCAGUUAGUACUUAAGACUGUUCCACCAGACUCUUGCUGCAAGAAGCAUUUACUUAGUUUAGAUUUUUGUUGUCGACUAAUUCAAAUAUAAACAAAAUAACUUUUACCAUUGA